AUGGACGCAAUUUAUAAGUCAAAUUUAAAACGAAUUCAAGAGAUUUUAUUGACAGAUAAUAAUGAAAGUGAUGAUAUCGGUGAUGGUCAAGAUUCUGAUUCGGAUAGCGAAUAUGAUCCUAUUGUUACUGAAUCAGAUGACACAUCCACUAAUGAGCAUAUAUCAGAAGAAUCUGAUUUAUCAAAUUCUGAUAUUGAUCAAAGUGAUAUUGCCACAGAUAGUCAACCAGAAACAUUAAAGAAGGCCGGUGUUACAUGGUCUAUACAUUCAAUUCCGGUACAAGGUCGAAUAUCUGCAGCUAAUAUAAUGAAAAAGAAACCAGGUUCUAAUACUAUGAAAUUGAAUUCACUUCAAUGGAAACCAUUAGAUCGUAUUGAAUUAGAAUCCUUUAUUGGUUUACUGAUCCAAUCUGGUGUUAACAAAGACAAUCAUGAAUUACUUUCUGAACUAUGGGACAUUAGUCAAAGUAGUCCAAUAUGUCAAGCUACAAUGUCCCUUGAACGUUAUAGAUAUCUUCUUCAAUUCAUUCGAUUUGAUGAUCGACGACAUCGUGAUAAAUCUGACCAUCUUUGCUCCAUUAGAUUUAUAUUUGAAAGUGUUGUCAAACAACUUCCACGACAUUUUGUACCCGGUGAAAAUCUAACUGUUGAUGAACAAUUGGUACCCUCUCGUGAUCGUUGUUGUUUCGUGCAAUAUAUGCCGAAAAAAUCGGCUAAAGUUUUGGGCAUUAUGUGA